CAUAAUGCACAUUGUUUUCAACGCGAGUCAAUUAAAUGCAAAAAAAUAAACAAUCAAAGAAAACGCUAAAUUUAAAUAAAAAGCACGUGGCGUGGUCAAGUGGCAAAUGCCUGCGAAAAAAGCUGCAGCCGCAGCGGCGCCUGUGGCAGCUGCAACAAAUGGAAUGACUCGACUGACGCCAGCAAGGGACCUGACGCUGGGUGGACGAGGUGGAGCAGCUGCCAAUAAAAAAGUGUUUGCUCCAAAUUUGAAUGCGGUGCGAAAUAAAAAUACCAAUGUAAAGACUUCCAAGGACUUUACGCAGCCACGUGGUGGACGUGCACGCGGUGGGCGUGGCAGCGCAGCAGGCGCAACACGUGGGCGUGGCGGCGGCGGCAACUCAACGUUGAUACAAACAACGGGAGUUUUUUCCGAGGGCGCAGGUGCAGUGCAUCUGAGAAAAUCAACAAGUGCUGCUGGUGGCGGCGGCGGCUCAAGCUAUGCGCGAGCUGGCGAGGAGUUGGCCGUAAGCCGUAAGCGUACGGGCAAGGAUGACAAGGUGCAGGAGCUGCGCGUGCAGGAGCUGCUAGGCGGCGAGAUUGAGGAAAGCGAAGAGGAGCCCGUCAGUGAUAUAGAAAUGGAGCAGGAUAAGACUGAUAUGGACUUGAAGCCGGUGCUGCUAAGCGAAGGACUCUGGAGCAGCAAGACGCUAAUCAAAGAUGAGCCAGCCGAUGAUGUGGCCAUGGCGCAACGACUACAAGCAAUGCAUGUGAGUGUGCAGAACUGUCCGGAGGAGCCGCCAGCUCAGUAUGGACGCUAUCCACGCAACAUAGCCGCGUUCCUAGAGGCUCAAGCAGCGCAGCUGUUUAUAAUGCAACUGCCCGAUGUGCUGCCCUGCGUUAGUGAUGCAGAUGAGGAGCCAACGGAACGUGCAGCAGCAGCUAAUGGCGCAGCCGAGCAGCCCAGCAGUCCAGCGCCGCCUGCAGUCAGCUCCAAGCACAGCGUGCUCAAGCAGCUGGAGGAGGGACAAAUUGGCAAAAUUCUGCGCUAUCGCUCCGGACGCGUUAAGCUGCUGCUGGGCGACACGCACUUCGAUUUGGAUAUGGGUCUGGAGUCGGGUUUUCUGCAAGAGCUCAUGUCCAUCAGCAGCAAUCGCGAGCAGCGCAGCGGCAAUAUGAUAAAUCUUGGACCCAUUCAGGCGAAGCUGAAGGCUACACCCGAUUGGGUGCAUCUUUUCAAGCAGCAGGAUGCAGCAGCGUUGCAACAACGCGUGGCAGCUGCUACAGCAUACGCCACAACAGCAACUGCCGCCGCCGCCGCCGCCACGUAGCACACACUUGACUAAUUUAGUUAAUUUAAUUAUUGUAAAUAACAAUUGAGCGUUUUAGAUUGAGACUUGUAAGCUGCACAGU